CACUGCUCUUCAUGAGAGACUCUUAGCUCAGCGUUUUGAAAUGUUGACGUGUUGAAAGAGAUCAGUACUGAUCUCCCUCUAGCCACGAUUUCAAAACAUACUAGCUGUAUGUACUUAUUAUCCGUCUGUAUACAUUAUUAUUCAAGUUAGACGUGUAUUAGCUAUCAAAGACAAGCGUGUCAGAGUGGAUUUACAGCAGAAAACACCGGCUUCCCGAUAUGAACCAACGGUCCGCCAUUUAUACUGUGUUCAUCGGCUUCAACCUCCGUCUCUGAGCGCUCGGAUACGCUGGUAAAUUAGUUAAAACGCUUUAAAAGCAUGGAUUCACAGGCAGGUCUUACCUCUACACCAGCUGAGAUAGAAAACGCAGCCUGUUUCGUCUUCAUUCUGUCCAGACUUCAGGAAGUGAUUACUGCUCUUCCAGAGGAAUGGCGACCGGGUCCCACUUUCUACGGAGUCCCCUGGGAGCCGGUGCUCGUCACAGUGGUUGUCGGGGCCCUCACGAUACUGAUGUUCUUCUGGAGGACGGUGCUCGCUAUCAAAGGGAAAACCUAUCAAUUAACAGAAAAGCAGCUCAGAGACAAGAUCCAGCAGCUUCUCAGUGAGAAAUCUGAUGCUGUUAACAAGAUCACAGAAUUAAAUGACAUGAUAAAACAACGUGAAGAACAGCUGAAAAACUCUGCGAAAUCACUGAGUUCCAGCCAACAAGAAAUGAAAGGGCUGAAGAAUCAUCAGCAGAAACUGCAGAGUCAGUGGGAGGAGAUGUCUGGGAGUGUUUCACAGCUCAACCAAAAAAUCGUGGACACACAGGAGGAAAAUACAAAUCUAAAUGAUAAGAUUGCCAAAAUGCACCAGAGAAUCGAGAAAUACCAGAAAACACUGAAGAACUACGACGAGGAGCGUGCAAAGGUUCAUGUCCUCAUGGAUGAAGCUAAACUCAGAGAAGAUGCUCUGAAGGCUCAGGUUCUGUCCUUUGAGAAGGAAAACGGCGCUUUAAAGGAGCAGAAGAAAUCUCUCCUUCGAGAUGCUAAAGACUGGCAGGAGAAGCACAAGAAACUGAGCGAGGAGAUCAGGGUUUAUCACAAAUCCCAGAAAGAGCUGGAGGACUCUCUGUUGCACAAGGAAAAUGAGAUUGAUGUUUUGUCCAGCUGUAUUGCAGAGCUCAACCGUCUGGGAGCCGGUGAUUUUUCUGAACUACACAAAGACGAUGCUAAAAUGUCUAAUGGAGAAGAUGCCGAGAAAAAGAUGGACAUCUCGAGAGUGCGAAUCAAACAGAUGAUGGACGUCUCCAGGAUUAAAGCAACUCUCAGUGUUGUUGAAGACGAGAGGAAUCGCUUCAUGGAAAGUUUCCUCGCCGAACAGAAAUCCAGACAGGAGCUGGAGGAGCAAUACCAGAAGGUCAUGCACGACCAGAUGAAUCUGAACAAUGAAAAAACGCACCUGGAGAACCAGUUCAAGAGCCUGCAGCAGAGACUCGAAAUCACCACCGAACUCUACCAGCAGAAAGAAAACGCCCUGCAACAGAAAUUGACUCAGGAGGAGCUGGAGAGACGCGAGAAGGAGACGAAGCUGACGGAGGUGGACAGUAAAGCGCUGCGGUCGGAGGAGGAGCUGAGAGCUCUUAAACAGAAGAUCAAGGACAUCGAGGAGGAGAUGCAGCAGAACGAACGCUCUCUGAAGUCUGAGGUGGCAGUCCAGGAGAAGAAAGCCCAUGAGAACUGGUUGAAAGCGCGCGCCUCAGAACGAGCUCUGGUGGAGGAACGGAGAGAGUUGGCCAACCUUCGUCAGAAGCUUGUGGAGUACAGAGAUAAAAUCUCAGACAUGGAGCAAAGCUUGUUCAAACACAACUCUGGACCCACGGAUCGCCACAUGCCGCCACCGCGGAGAGGUGAUUCGUACGGGCCGUCUCCUGUGAGCGGGGGGGCUCCCUCUCCUCCUCUGAUGAUAGAGGGUCCCGGACGCCCCCCCUCCGCACCUGCAGGGCGACGGGGCGAACCGUUCGGUCCACGACCCCCGUCUGACCCUCACGGACGCUUCUCAGACCUCGGACACCCGCUGCCAUCCCGACCAGAAAUGUUUCCUCCGAUGACAUCAUCACCAUGCGCACAUGAUGGACCAAUGCAGACCGCACCGGUCACAGAGACGGCCGAGCAGGUCUCGUCUGAGCCCGUAGAGCCCCUCUCCAAGUCUCAGAGUCAGGGAUCUUUCCUGCCGUCUCCUAUCCGGGAUUCUCCGGUUCCGCCACCCAAGUCUUACGGACCCCCGAUCAUGCCGCUCAAUGGGCCGCCGCCGCCAAUGAUGAUCCGACCGCCCAAUGGCCACCUUCCCAUGAUGCCCCCUGAGCCUCGCUUCAGACCGCCACACAUGGAUUCUUACGGCCCUCCUCCGAUUGGCCCAUAUGGAGCUGUACCGCCACCAUUUGUACGAGGCCCACCGUUGAGACCCCUGCCUCCACAUCCACUCGGACCGCGCGAUAUCCUGCCCGAAUUUUUCGGACCUCGAGGUCCCUUUCCUCCCGGAUCAAUGAUUCCUCCUCCAUACGCAGGACGUGGUUUCCCGGGACCCGCUCCGCCGAUUCCUCACGGCUCCAGAGACGGUGACGGGAACGCCACACCAGCCAACGUCCCGUCGACGGACGGCUCCGAUCAGAACGCCAGCGGAUCCACAAUGGCUGAGCCUUGAGAGUAGUGUUGUCAUAAGUACAGACUUCGGUACCAAGUCGAUAGCGGGAGCAUCUGAUUGGCCGUUGUGUUCACGAGCUCAUCGGAUAUGUCUGUGAUUGGCUACAGUGAUCAACACACCGAAGCGUUUGAAAGCACAACCAGGAUUGAUCCGCUGAUAGGCACUCGUUUCUAAUGCUCGCAUGUGUAAAUGUUCGCUAAAGAGCGCCAUUGAUGUAUAUUUACAUAUUUUUGAAGCGCUAAUAAUUGUAGCCAAUCACAGACAUAUUUGAUGAGCGCGUAAACAAAAUGGCCAAUCAGAGGUGUUUACGAUUCUGCUCAACAGCGCAAGUCGUUACUUUUGACAACACUUGAGUGAACAAGCCGUUUUGUCAGCUCGACUUUGUGCGGUCUUGAUUCUUUUCGAUAUUUAAGCAUCGAAAUGCCACAUCUGGUCUGGGUGGGAAGAUAAACUCAAGUUUGAUUUUGUGCUUAAUUUUGUUUCAAGAACACAUUUGUGACGGAAAUUAUGAGGGUUUUGAUUUUAUAUACAUUAGCAAACCUUUCCUAUGGAAAUAGUUUUGAUUUAAUAUACGUUUAAUUUUCUUUUUCCGGUGGUUCAAAUUAUUAUACCUACCACUCACCCAGUGCUGAUGCAUAUUGGGAUAUCAAACAAAAUAUUUCGGCACGUGAGACAAACCUGUAAUGAAGCCAUUUCCUCAUGCCUUUAAUGUGAGAGGACUCUGAAUUUUUAUGCCUUUUUCAACAUUUUUGAAUGCACGUUAUUUUCCCGUAUUACUGUCCGGUCGCUUUUAGUCAUGAUUCGCGAGCUCACCUGUUUGUUUUAACUUUGAUUUUGUCGUGCGUCUGCUCUUAUGAUUUCUUUUCCUAACGGAAAGGCACAUAUGAUGUCAUAUUGACAAAGUAUUUAUACAUUUCUUUCAGCUGCGUAUACAAAUAAAAUAUUCUCAUAAAAUCAGACGUCCCUAGUGUGCUCUGAUGAACUUCUGAGUUUUCAUACAGCCAAAUGUAUUAAUGAGUGUUGGACUGUAAUGUUUGUGUAGAGAUAAAAAUCAUCUCACGGUCGCGAUGCUUUUUAAUAAUGAAACGUGAGCAGAAUUAAUUUGCGUGCAACAAAAGAUUUGAAUUGUUCUUAUGUAAAUUGCUGCAUUGAAUUCAAUGUCUGUUUGCAUAAAAUUGUAAAAAUAUUUCUCAUUCAAUUCACGCAGGAAUGAUUUUACGAGGAAACGAUUCACUGGAUUGCAAUAAUUUACAUAGUUGUUUUUAUGAACCAUUUACUCUCAUCUUGUUUAAUUCACAGAAUGGUGUUACACCAGAAGUGCACAGAAAAUCAUUCUGUCAUGUUUCAUGAACGAGGCCCGUGAAUGAUGUUCUCUUGGGUUUUUUGAUGCAAUGCUCUUGGAAACAAAAAUACUCCAGUCCUCAAAAUCCAUAACUUUUUUUUUUUUUUUUUUGUGGCAUAUACUGUUUUGUUGAUAUUAGAGUAAAUUAUUUUAGUACGUGUGUUAAGAGGAUGCAUCUAAGAGUGUCUGCAUCAUGUGUUGAAAUCUUAGGAAGAAACGGUUUUAAAAAUAAGUGGCAUUGAUUUCGUGGGAAUGAGUGAUUUGAAUAAAGCUGCUUUUUCCUGUA